AUGGUCGGAUCCGAUCUCUUUACUGACUCAGUCGCUCAAUCAUGGCAGGGUGUUUUGACAGGUCUCCGUGCAUAUGUCUACCUGAGUACAUAUAUUCAGCAGUGCAUUUGUACCUUUGAGGCCCUGUCCGCCAAGAUCUUACAGCCUACUGGUCUAGUCGCACAGAGUAGGUGUGAGUCCCUGGUGGAAGGCCCACGAAUGUGCUUUGACGGUAUUUUCCAAGAUGUCCGCUUUGACUUCGAUGAAUUCUUAUUCAGGAUGGAAGAGGUGCUCAAUUUUGAUGCGCCCAAGUCGUGA